AUGGAGACAUUAUUGACUAUAUUUAGUAAGUGUUUACCUUGUUUUCCAGAUUUAUCGACUCCUUACGUGUCAAUAAACAACGCAAAAUAUAAAAUAGUUCGAUUAUUGGGUGAGGGGGGUUUCUCGUAUGUCUAUUUAGUAUCUCACAAGUCAAACAACAAUUCACAGUAUGCACUUAAGAAAAUAAGGUGUCCAUUCGGCUCGGAUGACGAAACCUUCAAGAACGCUAUGAAAGAAAUUAAGAAUUAUCACCGGUUUUCAAAUUCCAAGACUCCAUAUAUUAUCCAAUCUAUAGACGAAACCAUCAUCAACGAGAAUGACGGAUCAAAGACUAUCUAUAUUCUUUUGCCGUACUUUGAAAAGUCUUUACAGGAUAUUAUUACAUACAAUGUGUUGAAUGAUAUAACAAUAGACGAGGACGAAAUAUUGAAAAUAUUUAUUGGUGUAUGCAGAGGGCUACAAGCCAUGCACAAGUUCAAGAAAACAGGACGCAAUCACAACACAGAAAAUGAAGACGAAGAGGAAGACUUACUUUUGCCAGCAGCAAGUGACGAUGAAGACGGCGUGAGCACAUCUAAUGGCACCGAAUUACAAGAGCUUACACCCUUUGCCCAUAGAGAUAUCAAGCCAGCCAAUGUUAUGUUAUCGGCUGAGGGGUUGCCCGUAUUGGUCGACUUAGGAUCAUGCUCAAAGGCUAAAUUGUUUAUAAAGAACCGUCAACAGGCCUUGACUCUUACUGACUUUGCUCAAGAGCAUUGCACGCUUCCAUAUAGAGCACCAGAGUUACUUGAUGUAGCCACUAAUACUGAGAUUACUGAAAAAACGGAUAUAUGGUCUUUAGGGUGUUUGUUAUACGCGUGUUGCUUCGGUUUUUCACCGUUCGAAAAAUUGGAAAUAGAACAGGGUGCAAACUUGAAUUUGGCUAUUUCGCAAGGUAACUACUCCAUACCACAGGAUAAUAAGGGAUACUCGGAUGAGUUGAUAUCAUUGAUAAAAGACUGUCUAGUCUUAGACAGUCAGAAGAGGCCCUCUGUAGACGAAUUAUUGGAUAAAGCAUUGGAGUUGACAAGACGUCAAUAA